CAAGGAUAAGGGUGUAUAAACGCUGCCGUCCAAGGAGCAGCAUUCAAAGCCAGAACACUGCCCUGUAGAUUCCCUCCUCUGUCAACAUGUCCUGCGGCUGCUCCUCUGGAAACUUCUCCUCCCGCUCCUUUAGCUCUGUUAAGGGUAAGGGUGACCUGCAGUACCCAAGCUCUUCCUGUGGUUCUUCCUAUCCCAGCAAACUGGUCUACAGCACCGAACUCCAAACUCCCAUCACCUACCAGCUGGACUCCCCUCUCUACAGCGGAUGUCAGGAGACCUUCUCUGAGCCCUUCAGCUGCCAGAGGUCCUACGUGGUCUCGCAGUUCUGCCCAAAGAUCUCCACCUUGGGCAACACCUGCCAGACAAGUUUCUCAGGACCUCUGAGCUUUGGAUCCAGGGGCGUCCAGUCUUUUGGCUACGGCUACCCAUCACUGGGCUUUGGAUCUACUGGUUUCCAUUCGGUAGGCUGCGGGCCCCGCACUAUCUCAUUCCUGAAUUCUGGAUCCAACUUUUACUGCCCAGCCUACUUCUCUUCUAGAAGCUUCCAGUCUACUUCUUUCCAACCUACCUGCAGAUCUGGCUUCUAUUAGCCAUAUAUUUUAGGAAGCAGAAUUUUAAAUGUGAUGCUUACUGUCUUAAGAUUAAUACUGUCAAUUGCUCUCCUAGCUUUUCAUCAGCUAGAUAUUGGUAUCUACUUUUACCCUUAUAGAUGUGGAAUGAUUGGAAUUCCAGGAAUAGGAAAAUGUACUUAUUGGAAAGGUAUCAAAAUUGCUCUGUUACCCUUAUGUAACUAUUCAAUAACUGAUACAAACUUUUUUAUUGCUAUCUCCUAUUUAUUUUCCUUAGCAUAUUUGUCUUAAAUUUUACAGUGAAAAAUGUUAUAAACUUAACCUAUUAGACCUUUUAUGGUUUGGAAUUUUAUUACAUUUAUUUUGCUUUCAAAACUACUUCUGAAUCUGCUUGAGA